AGGUACUUCCUGCAGAUGUGCCUCGACAACAACAUUCCCCUCCUCUUCGUUGGCCCUACAGGUACCGGAAAAACAGCAGUGGUACUCGACAAUCUCCUCAACCUGCCCAAAGAGAAGUUCCUGCCCAACGUGGUCAACUUCAGCGCCAGAACCACCUCGAUGAUGACCCAGGAAAUGGUGAUGUCCAAGCUGGACAAGAGGAGGAGGGGAGUGUUUGGUCCUUCGAUGGGGAAAAAGUGCAUUCUGUUUGUGGACGAUGUGGGGAUGCCGCAGAAGGAGACGUGGGGGGCGCAACCCCCCGUGGAGUUGCUGCGACAGUAUAUCGAUCAUGGGCAUUGGUUCGAGAAGGAUACGUCCAUGUUGCAGCUGGUGGACAUCAUGUUUGUUGGAGCUAUGGGCGUGCCUGGGGGAGGUAGAAACGAGAUCUCAGAUAGGUUCUUGCGGCACAUGCAAAUCAUCGCGUUGGACUCGUUCGACGACAACACCCUCAACAAGAUAUUCGUCACGAUCCUCGACUGGCACUUCGCCAAGGGAUUCCCCGAGAACGUGGCGAGACUGUCGAAGUUUUGCGUCGGCGCCACGAUCGAGGUGUACAAAGAGGCGACGCUGAACUUUUUGCCGACUCCCACCAAGUCGCACUACACCUUCUCGUUGCGGGAUUUCUCGAGGGUGAUCACGGGCGUUUUGCUCACGCCCUCGGCGAGAAUGGACGAUCCCGAUAAGUUGAUACGGCUGUGGAUCCACGAGACUUACAGGGUGUUUCACGACAGACUGAUCGACGACAACGAUAGAAAAAUGUUGUUCGGCAUCGUCAAAAACUCCUGUUACCAAAACUUCAGACAGCACAUGGACAAAGUGUGCUCGAACAUAGUACCGGAAGGCGAAAUUUUGAACCCUCAGCAUAUCAGAAACCUGUUUUACGGCAACUACAUCGAACCUGACGCCGAACCGAAAGUCUACGACGAGAUAACCGAUAUGGAAGAUUUAGUGGAGAAAAUGAACUACUACUUGUCGGAGUACAACAUAAUUUCGAAGUCGCCCAUGGACUUGGUGAUGUUCAAGUUCGCCAUAGAACACGUGAGCAGAGUGUCACGUGUGUUGAUGCAGCCGAAUGGGAAUGCUCUUUUGGUAGGCAUCGGAGGCUCAGGAAGACACAGUUCGGCUAAAUUAGCCGGCUUCAUGGCUGAAUGCAACAUCUUCGAGAUAGAGAUAACAAGAACCUACAGCAUCUCAGAAUGGCGAGACGAUCUGAAAAAACUGCUGGGCAAAGCCGGUUGCGAAGGGAAACCAAUCAUUUUUCUUUUUGCUGAUACCCAGAUAGCAGAUGAGAUGUUCAUCGAGGACAUAAACACGAUCCUCAACACUGCUGAUGUACCUAAUUUGUACGCUCCGGACGAGAAGGUCGAUAUUUUGGAAAGGAUGCAGAAUUUGGCUCGCGAGAGCGGGAAGAAAAUCGAACCGACACCGCUCGCCCUGUACAACUUCUUCAUCGAGAGAGUUCGAAGUAAUUUGCACGUGGCGCUGUGUAUGUCUCCUAUUGGCGAUUCGUUCCGAGUGCGAUGCAGGAUGUUUCCUUCGUUGAUAAAUUGCUGCACUAUUGAUUGGUUCCAGAGUUGGCCCGACGAUGCUUUGGAGAGGGUGGCGCAGAUGUUCUUAGGGCAGACGAAGAUCGAGGAGGCCGUUGUGCACUCUUGCGUGUUCAUGUGCAAGCAUUUCCAUAUCAGCGUUGAGGAGGCUUCGCGGAGGUUCUAUGUGGAGCAGAAGAGGAAGACGUACGUUACGCCUACUUCAUAUUUGGAGCUGAUACAGACGUUCAGGAGCUUGUAUGCGGUGAAAGUGGACCAGAUCACCGUCCAGCGCAACAGAUACGAAACUGGCUUGGAAAAACUCGACUUCGCCGCCAACCAAGUCGGCCUCAUGCAACUGGAAUUGCACGACCUGCAACCCAAACUGAUCGUCGCCUCGUCGAAAACGGAGAAACUCAUGAUCAAGAUCGAGCAGGAUACGGUCGUGGUGGAAAAGCAGAAAGAGAUAGUAGGCGCUGACGAGGCUCUGGCCAACGAAGCUGCUGCUGCCGCGCAGGCCAUCAAGGACGACUGUGAAUCGGAUUUGUCAGAGGCGAUACCGGCUCUGGAGGCGGCCAUCGAUGCUCUGAACACGCUCAAACCGGCCGAUAUCACGCUGGUCAAGGCCAUGAAGAAUCCGCCGUUCGGGGUCAAGCUCGUCAUGGAGGCGAUUUGCGUCAUGAAACAGGUGAAACCGGACCGCAAACCUGACGUGUCCACCGGCAGGAUGAUGGAAGACUUUUGGGGGCCGUCCGUCAAACUGUUGGGCGACAUGAAGUUCCUGGAGAACCUCAAACUGUACGACAAAGACAACAUACCUCCGCCUGUCAUGAAGAGGAUAAGAGACAGGUACAUGCCAGACAGGGAGUUCGAUCCGGAACGCAUAAAAAACGUCUCCACCGCCUGCGAAGGCCUCUGCAAAUGGGUUAGAGCCAUGGAGGUCUACGACCGCGUCAUCAAAAUCGUAGCCCCGAAAAAGGCCCGGCUAGCCGAGGCCGAGGCCGAACUGGCCUCCCAAAUGGACACGUUGAACGAGAAGAGAGCGCAGCUUCAAGAAGUCGCCGAUAAGCUGCAAGCGCUCAACGACGAGUUUGCGGCUGAGACGAAGAAGAAGAAGGACCUCGAGGACCAGAUUUACAUUUGCUCGCAGAAGUUGGACAGAGCGGAGAAGCUGAUCGGGGGACUGGGAGGGGAAAAGGCGCGAUGGUCGGAAGCUGCCAAGCAGCUACACAAUUUGCUGGGGAACGUUAUUGGGGAUGUGCUGCUUUCGGCUGGGGCUAUCGCCUACUUGGGAGCGUUCACUGUGGACUACAGGAGAGAACUGCUGAAGCAGUGGAACAUCGAAACCCUCAAGCUGGGCAUUCCCUGUUCGGACAAUUUUUCUCUUGUCACCACCAUGGGUGAACCGGUGGUGAUCAGAGCGUGGAAUAUUGCCGGGCUGCCCGUAGAUAAUUACAGUGUGGAGAACGGGAUUAUAUCGACAACAGCUAGAAGAUGGCCUCUGAUGAUAGAUCCACAAGGCCAAGCAAACAAAUGGGUGAAGAACAUGGAGAAGUACAACCGACUCCAAAUAAUCAAACUAACGGACACGAACUACGUGAGGGUACUAGAGAACGCCAUCACUUUCGGCACUCCCGUCCUGCUCGAGAACAUCAACGAAGAAAUCGACGCCAUCUUGGAUCCGGUGCUCGUUAAGAACGUGUUCAAGUCGCAGGGCGUGUGGUACCUCAAACUCGGCGACAAUGUUCUGGAGUAUUCCUUCGACUUUCGCUUCUUCAUAACGACGAGGCUGAGGAAUCCGCACUAUUUGCCUGAGAUAGCCGUCAAGGUGACCCUGGUGAACUUCAUGAUCACGCCGCAAGGGCUGCAGGACCAGCUGUUGGGGAUCGUCGUGGCCAGGGAGAAGCCCGAGUUGGAGGAGAAGAAGAACGCGAUGAUAGUCGAAAGUGCCAAUAACAAGAAGAUGCUCAAAGAGAUCGAGGACAAGAUUUUGGAGGUGCUGUCAUCAUCUGAAGGAAAUAUCUUGGAAGACGAAACGGCCAUCAAGAUCCUAUCGUCCAGCAGAGUUCUGUCCGAGGAGAUCCAAGAGAAACAGAAAGUGGCGGUGGUGACCGAAGUGGAGAUCGACAACGCCCGAAACGGAUACGUCCCCGUCUCCAAGCAUUCUUCCCUUCUGUUUUUCUGCAUCUCCGAUUUGGCGAAUGUCGAUCCGAUGUAUCAGUACUCUCUGACGUGGUUCAUCAAUCUCUACAAUCAAUCGAUCACUAACAGCAGGAAAUCAUCGAUGUUGGAAGAGAGGCUGCACUUUUUGAACGAUCAUUUCACCAACAGCAUAUACAGGAACGUUUGUAGGUCGCUGUUUGAGAAAGACAAGCUUAUUUUCUCUUUCGUUUUGACUGUUGGGAUUUUGAGAGCGGGGGGAAAAAUCGAUGAAGAAAUGUGGAAUUUUCUUCUGACAGGAGGAGUUGGACUAGAGAACCCUCAUCCAAACCCCUCUCCGGAAUGGCUGACUGAUAAAUCUUGGUCAGAGAUUGUGAAGGCUAGCUCAUUGAAAGGGUUAGAAAACUUCAAAUCAUCUAUAGAAAUCAAUAAUGCUGAUUGGGAAAACUUCUAUGACGUCUCCAAUCCCAAUGAAAUUCCUUGUCCUCCACCGUUUCAUGAAGUUCAUGGCUUAUUUAGGCUUGUUAUUUUACGAUGCCUUAGACCAGAUAAGGUUGUUCCUGCUGUACAGACGUACGUCGUGGAAGAAAUGGGCUCUUCCUAUUUGGAGCCGCCGCAAUUCAACUUGGAGGAGUCGUACAACGACAGCAACUGCUGUUCCCCGCUGAUAUUCAUCCUGUCGCCCGGUUCCGAUCCUAUGGCCGGUCUGGUCAGGUUCGCUGCCGACAAAGGUAUCGAAAAAACGAGCCUAAUGACGAUCUCGCUAGGACAAGGACAGGGGCCGAUAGCAGCGAACAUGAUAAACAUCGGUCUAGAAACCGGCCAGUGGGCCGUAUUACAAAACUGCCAUUUGGCAGAAAGUUGGAUGAGAGAGUUGGACAGGAUUUGCGAUGAAGUAAUAGUGCCAGAGAGUGCCAACCCUAAUUUCAGAUUGUGGCUCACAAGUUACCCGAGUAGAGCCUUUCCUGUAGCUAUACUGCAGAACGGUGUGAAGAUGACAAACGAAGCACCGAAGGGACUGAGACAAAAUCUCCUGAGAUCCUACAUGUCUGACCCCAUAUCCGAUCCGGAAUUCUACAACUCCUGUCCCAACUGGAAAGCUUUCCGUCCGCUUCUGUUUACGCUUUGCUUCUUCCACGCCCUCAUCCAAGAAAGAAGAAAAUUCGGCCCGUUGGGCUGGAACAUACCGUACGAAUUCAACGAAUCUGAUCUCAGGAUCUGCGUUCUUCAAUUGCAGAUGUUUCUCACCGAAUAUGUGGAUGUACCAUACGACGCUCUAACUUAUUUGACAGGAGAAUGCAACUACGGUGGUAGAGUGACAGACGACAAAGACAGAAGACUUCUGAACUCCCUAUUGUCGACGUUUUAUAACCCCGAAGUUUUGAAAAAACCCAAAUAUACUUUUUCGGCCAGCGGUUUGUACCAUGUGCCCGAAAGCACGACCCACGACGGUUGUGUCGACUACAUCAAGUCGUUGCCUAUUAUUCCGCAACCGGAAGUGUUCGGUUUACACGCGAAUGCCGAUAUCACCAAAGAUAACCAAGAAACACAAAUCUUGCUGCAUGGCGUUUUGCUGACGCAAACGCAAAUCACAGCUGGCGGUGGCGGUGAAGAUACGCACGAGAUGAUAAUAGAAUUGGCCAAAGAUAUUUUGGGGAAGGUUCCUGAUGUUUUUGACAUCAGAGCAGUCAGUAAGAAGUAUCCCGUCAUGUACAGCAACUCGAUGAACACAGUGCUGAGACAGGAACUUAUUAGGUUCAACAGGCUGAUAGUGGUGGUGAAAAGGACCCUACAAGAUAUGAUAAAAGCUGUUAAGGGUCUCGUAGUGAUGUCGGCCGAAUUAGAAGAGACCUUCAAUGCCCUUGUGGUGGGAAAAGUUCCAGUCGCUUGGGCCAGCAAAAGCUAUCCAAGUUUGAAACCGCUUGGAUCAUACGUGAAUGAUUUAAUUGCAAGAUUGAAAUUUUUUCAAGAUUGGAUCGACAGCGGAGCACCGAAUGUAUUUUGGCUGUCAGGUUUCUACUUCACUCAGUCGUUUUUGACGGGAGUUUUGCAAAAUUUUUCGAGGAGCCAAAACUUGCCGAUCGAUCUCAUACAAUUCGAGUUUAGCGUCACAGAUUUCGAAACCGAUACAGACUCGAUCUGCUCGUUCGGAGUAUACUGCAAAGGUCUUUUCCUUGAAGGCGCCAGAUGGGACAGAAAACUGAGAAAACUGAACGAAUCCCUGCCGAAAAUCCUGUUCGACCCCAUCCCCAUUAUGUGGCUGAAGCCGGGCGCCAUCGCCGACUACGUCCCGCAGCCCUGUUACAAUUGUCCGGUGUACAAAACGACCGCUAGACGGGGUGUUCUGUCCACCACUGGCCACUCUACGAAUUUCGUGAUGUACACCACUUUCAGCUCCGACGUGCCGGAAAAGCACUGGAUCAAUAGGGGAGUGGCCGGGCUGUGCCAGUUGGACGAUUGAUUUGUAUAUUUUAUGAGUAAGAUUUUUUUUAUUUUUAUACUGAAAUAUAAUAUUUGUGCAUGUAUGAUAAAUUUGAAACGUCUGUUCAUUUCAAACUCGCGGACACUGACAUAAACUACCAUUUAGACCGCUAAUGCCAUUAGAAAGAAGCUAUUCCACUCAGGAGAUCUGUUUA